CGUUAAAAGGGGGGGGGGUAUAAAUGUGUCCUUUAUUUUUGGUGUUUAUAAAUAUUUUUAUAGGUAAAUAAUGCCAGCUUGCAGCUGCAAAGAUCAUGGGGAAUUCAGCAAGGGUAGGACUUUUAAAGUUCACCGCUUAUCAAAUAAAAAAGUCCGUGCUUCUGUUAUUACCUACCUCAUAGACAAUGGGCACCUUACAAAAAGUUGUGUGUUUUUGUGCACUGCAUGUGCUGAUUAUGCAACCAAAAAAAUUAACGACACUGUUCCUAGUCAAGAGGAUGAACUUGUGAAACAAGUUGUGAAUAUCAUAAAAACUAACAACAUUUCAGACAACAAUAUUAACAAAAUUUUGGAAGCCAUUGGCACGAGAGGAAAAGCAAAUGUUAAACAAGACUUUAAUGAAAAUAUUUCAUUACAAUACAAAGAUGUAGAAUUUUUAAAAGCUUGUGAUAUAGACACAUGGAUACAGGAGAGAGACACUGUAAUAACAUCAUUUGUAUUUUCUCUAUGUGAGAAAGAUUUCUCUACAAUGUCACCUGCCGAAAAAACAAAAGUUGUUUAUGCUGUUGAACAUUUGUAUAGUUUAGUUGGUAAUAACAUCAUCAUGCCAUUUUCUUUCAGCCUUAAUUUAUUAACUUAUUACAUGUGUACCAGUAGAACAGUUUGCGACAUGUAUUGUAGUGCCCAUCCAGCUGGAAGUUAUUCAACAUUACAAAACUGGAUUCAGCAACAUUCUUCAAAUAAAAUUUACGUAAGAAAUGUUGAUGAUGUCAUUACAUACUUUGACAAUAAUCAAGUGUUAGCAAGAAACUGGCGUGUAAGAUACGAUGCCAAAGCUAUUUUGAGCUAUAUAACAACUGUUGUACAUUUUUUUCCCAAACCUAUUACAAAUUUGCAGAUUCAUCAGGCUUUUUCUCCAAGACAUUGGUUGUAUAAUAUAAAUAUUUGUGAUUUUUCUAGUGCAGUUUUUAAUUUUAUUAACCACUCAGAAGUGUUGUUUAGAUCUCUGCGAGAUACUUUCAUCCAGAACAGAUUACAAAUUAUUUUUCAACAACAGCGCCCAGGACUUUCAUCAUCAGAGGACGUAAUAUCCAUAAUGUUAAAAAAUGACAAGAAAACCAAAUUUAGUGAGAAAUCGAGAUCCAAAAUUGACAUGUAUUCAUUUAUAGAGCACGCAAACAAUCAUGUACCAGAAAUAAAAAUGGGAAAUCCAAUAUCAGUUAAUCCAUGCUCUUUAGCUGCAGUUAAAUCUGUACUGGAAUCACUGAAAGCUGAACUUGACAUACCACACAGCAGACAAUGGUCCAUUGUGGGCUGCGAUGGAUUACCGUAUCUACUGUCACACAAAGUAGUUAAUGAUAAUCCAGAGUUACAGGACCUUCUUAUCCAGCCCGGACUUGGUCAUUUUGAAAUAAAUAUGUCAAAAGCUGUCAUCAAGUUGAUAUGGGAAGUACUUGGGUCUGAUCUGGCCAAACUUCUUGGCUAUAGAUCCCCAAAGGCACUGCAGUCCUGUUUAGAUGCCAAUGACCACCACAAGGCCAUGCAGUUUAUCGAGAUUUUAUUAUUUGGCACAGGUGACGAAUUGCUGCAUCCUUUUGUUAAGGACUGUUAUGAAAGAAAUACAGAACCAUCAGUCUCAGACUUUUAUGAAUGGUGUCAGAGUGUCAAAAACCCAAAUUACAAGUUUUUAAUGGAGGCCAUAUUUACCUACACUCUCGCAGUGUAUUUGUUUCGAGCUGGAGUACGGCGCAACAAUACUGGUGUUAUCAUGGCCAGCAGAGUAAAAUUCUCUCCCAUAUAUUUUGGUAUAUCCAAGACCAAUUACCAAAAAAUAGAAAUUAUAGACAUAAUUACCAGAGUUUGUGCCCCACCUGAUGUGCAAACUUACAUCCAGCAGCAUGAAUCUUUCUCCCGUAAGAAAUUAUUAUUAGAGCACUUACUUCUUUUUCUGAGUAAUGCACGUUAUAUUGCUUCGAAAUAAAAGGAAUUUGUUUUUUAUUUUUUACUAAAUGUAUUUGAAAAAUUAUAUAGAGUCUGGUCAUCCCAGCAAAGG